AAUGGCGGCGUCCGCAAGCGCCGGCGUGACGGGCCGGCGAGGGCGCCGGGGGCGCGGACAGCACGGACGCGGGGGGCGCCGCCGACCGGGGGGCGGCACGGAGGGGGCCCUGAAGCGACUGAAGCUAGCGGUGGAGGAGUUCGUGCAGGCCACCUCCGAGGGUGAGACACCCGGCGGCCCCGCGGGGCCCCGGGCGGAGGGGCGCGUGCGCCGGGGCGGGAGGAAAAGCCGCCGAGAGCUGAGGAAGGAGAAGCGGCAUCUGAAGAAGGCGCGCCGGCUGCAGAGGACUGCGGGCCCCGAGCAGGAGGAGGACCGGGAGAUCCGAAAGCUGGAGCGGUGCCUCGGCUUGAACAAGCGCAGAAGGAAGGGCGACGGUAGCUCCGUGCCGCUCAGCUUUGCUCGCGAUGGGCUCGACUACGUUCUGGGAGCCCUGGGGUCCGGAGGAACUAGCGGCUUGUACGAAGGCAGUAGUGACGACGAGGCAGAGGACGCCGGACAGACUGUCCCCGAAAGUGACUUAGAGAGCGACACCGAGGACGAAAGGGAGGAGGAAGAGGAGGAGGAAGAGGAAGCGGGAGCGCAGAGUGAGGAGGACGACGUGGAAGAGAAGCCAAAAAAAGCGGCAGGAGGGAGAGCGGAACGGGAAAGGGACAGAAAGAGGGUCCGUUUUGCAGAAGAAACGAGGGAAACUCCCUCCGAGGACGCGGACACAGACGCAGCAGCUCAGCAGAACCUUUGCGGAAACGGUGGAAAGUACGUCCCCCCUCACGUGAGGCAGGCUGAGACCGUGAGUGGUGAGAAAAAGGAGGGACUGGAGAGACUGAGGCGACACGUCCAGGGUCUCAUCAACAGGUUGAGCGAGCCGAGCAUGGCCUCCAUAAGCGGGCAGCUGGAGGAGCUGUACCUGGCCCACAGCAGGAAGGACAUGAACGACACGCUGACGGGCGUCCUGCUGAGCGCCUGCGCCCCAGGCGCGGCCAUGCCGGGCAGGCUGGUGAUGGAGCACGUGCUGCUGCUCAGCAUCCUCCACCACACGGUGGGCGUGGAGGUCGGGGCGCACUUCGUGGAGGCCGCGGUGAGGAGGAUCGACGCCGCCUACGGGGCCGGAGGCGGGCACAGGGAGUGCGAGAACCUGUUCGCCGUCCUCGCGCACCUGUACAACUUCCACGUGCUGCACUCGCUGCUUAUCUUCGACAUCCUGAGAAAACUCGUCGGAACUUUCACAGAAAAAGAUAUUGAACUGAUCCUGUUGAUGCUGAAAAACGUGGGCUUUUCACUGAGAAAAGAUGACGCGUUGUCACUUAAGGAGCUGAUCGUGGAGGCGCAGGCCAAGGCCAGCGAGGCGGGUGUCAAGUUCCGGGACCAGACGAGGGUCCGGUUUAUGCUGGAGACCAUGCUGGCGCUGAAGAACAACGACCUGCGCAAGAUCCCCGGCUACGACCCCGAGCCCGUGGAGCGGCUGCGGAAGCUGCAGAGGGCCCUGGUGCGCGGCGCCGGCCUGGGCACAGACACGCAGCUCCGUGUCUCCUGGGACAGCAUCCUGAACGCCGAGCAGACCGGGCGCUGGUGGGUCGUGGGGUCUGCGUGGAGCGGCGCCCCGAUGAUUGACAGCAGGCAGCAGAAGAUCCCAGAGAGGCAGCCCGCGGGCACGGUUAGCGGGAAGAUACUCGAACUCGCCAGGAAGCAGAGAAUGAACACCGACGUCAGGAGAAACAUAUUCUGUACAAUAAUGACAAGUGAAGACUUUCUGGAUGCAUUUGAGAAGCUUGUGAAGCUUGGCCUCAGGGACCAGCAGGAGAGGGAGAUCGUCCACGUCCUCGUGGACUGCUGCCUUCAGGAGAAGAGCUUCAACCCCUUCUACGCAUUCCUGGCCAGCAGGUUCUGUGAGCACCAGCGGAAGUUCCAGAUGACUUUCCAGUUCAGCAUAUGGGAUAAAUUCCGGGACUUGGAAAACUUGCCAGCCAGCAAUUUCUCUAAUUUGGUUCACCUGGUGGCCCACUUGUUGAAGACAAAGUCACUUACGCUUUCGAUUUUAAAGGUAGUUGAAUUCAGUGAAUUGGAUAAACCCAGAGUCCACUUUUUACGAAAAGUGUUAUAUAUGCUGUUAAUGGAAACUGACGUUGAAGACCUUACUUCAAUUUUUACAAGGGUGUGUGACCGCCCGGAGCUGGACGCCCUGAGAGACGGCCUGAGGCUCUUCAUCAGCCACUUUCUGCUGCGGCGGGCGCCGGCGGGCGCGGAGGAGGCCGGGGCGCUGAGGGAGCGGGCCGGCCUGUGCGCCCAGUGUCUGCAGGGCCGGGCCGCGCUGCGGAUGUAGUCUGCGGGGGCACGCGCGUGAGUGCGCGAGGGAGAGCGGCGUUUUCACACCCACGAGGCUCGGUUUUGCACUGAGCGCACGUGGCGCACGUGGCGGGACGGUGCCACGGGCUGCUGUGUUUAAAAUACUGCGUUUUAGAUCAUUUUUAACUUAA